GGUGAAUUUCAUAUCAAGCUGGCAGCACCGUACUUUACUUGUCAAACAACGAGUUUUCUCCACGUAAUUCUGGCGUGCGGGGCUAUCAAAAAAAUAUUAAAUUUAUUGAAUUAACGACGUGUAUCCGGCAAUGUUCGCAUUUUAAAGUAUUCUGGGGUGCCCAUCACAAAUUCUUAAGUGCGCAGUGCAGUAAAUCCGCCAGAAUGAAGACUCUUGGGCCUCUUCUGGUGUUUUCGCUGGCGAUGGCCGGCUCGUUGGCCGUGGACAGGAACAACUUUAAGACGUGCGAGCAAUCGGGUUUCUGCAAGCGUUUGCGGUCCUUCAAACCCGAGAAGUCUCAGUAUUCGCUGAACUUGGACACCGUUAUAGUCCACGGAAAUGUGCUCACCGCGGAAGUCAACACUGUGGACACGGAAACUGAAAAGAGGAUUAUACUGUGGAACUACGCCCUCAAACUGACGGCGCUAAUCGACGGAACCUUCAGAGUGGAGUUGGAUGAAGCAGACCCGCUGUACCCUCGCUACAGGACUCAGUUCGCUCUGGAUGGCGAGCCUAAAGGCGACAGCUUGAAACUGGUGUCGAGCCAGAAAGGUGUGGUGACGGUGGUGAACGGGCAAGGCCAUAAGGUUCUAAUCACGGCGGAACCCUUCAAGUUGGAGUUCCUUGACCAGGCCGGCGAUGUGGCGGUUGUGGUGAACGGAAACGCGCAGCUGGUGGUAGAACCGCUCAAGGUCAAGGAGGAACCUAGUGACGAAGAUGACAGCUCACGAGGCGAAAACUUCAAGUCGCACCACGACAGCAAGCCGCGAGGCAACGAGGCAGUGUCACUCGAUGUCACCUUCCCCGAGGCUGAUCAUGUCUACGGUAUCCCCGAGCACACGGACAACUUCGCCCUCAGGACGACGAGCGGCGGCGAGCCCUACCGCCUCUACAAUCUAGACGUGUUCGAGUUUGAGCUGGACAGCCGCAUGGCUUUGUAUGGCGCUGUCCCUGUCAUGUACGCACACGGCUCCAAGCGCACCACCGGAGUUUUCUGGCACAACUCCGCGGAAACGUGGGUGGACGUGGUCAACCACGCAGACGGCACUGUCGUCUCCUCGUUGGUCAACCUGGUCACCGGCGGUCAGAAGAAGCAGGUUGACGCUAGAUUCAUGAGUGAGUCUGGUAUAGUGGACGUGUUUGUGAUGCUCGGCAACCGGCCUAAAGAUGUGUUCAGACAGUACACACGUCUCACCGGUGUUAUGCCUUUGCCACCCAAAUUCUCCAUCGCGUACCACCAAUGUCGCUGGAACUAUGUGGACGAGAAUGACGUGCGACAAGUGGACGACAACUUUGACGUGCACGACCUGCCCGUCGACGCCAUCUGGCUCGACAUCGAGUACACAGACAGAAAGAUGUACUUCACCUGGGACGCCGAAAAGUUCCCCCACCCGGCCGACAUGGUCGCCAACCUGACCGCCAAGGGUCGGAGGUUGGUCGCCAUCAUCGACCCGCACAUCAAACGGGAACCCGGAUACUUCCUACACGAAGACGCGACAGAGAACGGGUACUAUGUGAAGGACAAGGACGGGAAAGAUUAUGAAGGCUGGUGCUGGCCCGGCUCCUCCUCCUACCUGGACUUCUUCGACCCUCGCGUGAGCAAGUACUACUCCGAGCGCUACCAGUUCAACAACUGGCCUGGAUCCAGCAAAGACGUGCACCUCUGGAACGACAUGAACGAGCCCAGCGUAUUCAACGGGCCUGAAAUCACCAUGCCCAAGGAUUGCCGACAUUACAAGCCUCCCCAGGACGGACACGACGGACUCGCCUCCUAUUGGGAACACAGACACGUCCACAAUGAAUACGGUCUAUCACAAAUAAAAGGCACCCACCAGGGCAUGUUGGAUCGCGCCGACGGCAAAUAUCGGCCCUUCAUUCUCACACGUUCCGCGUUCGCCGGCACUCAGAGAUACGCAGCCGUGUGGACAGGCGACAAUAUGGCGGAAUGGGGUUUCCUGGCCGUCUCCAUUCCCCAGUGCAUCUCGAUGUCCGUCGCCGGCAUCAGCUUCUGCGGGUCCGACGUCGGCGGAUUCUUCAAAUACCCUGAGGCUGAGCUGAUGACGAGGUGGUACCAGGCGGGUGCGUUCCAGCCGUUCUUCCGCGCCCACUCCCACAUCGAGACCAAGCGCCGCGAGCCCUGGCUGUACGAGCCCGCCACCACCGCGCUCAUCCGAGACGCGUUGCGCAGGAGAUACGCACUCAUAGACUACUGGUACACUCUGUUCUACGAGCACUCCGUGGACGGGCUGCCCAUCAUGCGACCCGUGUUCCACGAUUAUCCCGAGGAAGAGGAGACCUUCGACAUCCAGGACCAGUACUUACUCGGCGACGAGUUCCUGGUCCGGCCCGUGACGGAGCCCGGAGUGACCAGCGUGAAGGUGUACCUGCCCGGGAAGGCAACCCGCACCCUGUGGUACGACGUCGACUCGUACCACGCGCACGCAGCCAACGGAUUCUUCACACAGGACGUCAACAUUGCUAAGAUCCCGGUGUACCAGCGCGGCGGUAGCGUGGUUGCGCGCAAGGAGCGCGUGCGCCGCUCGUCCGCGCUGAUGGCAGCCGACCCAUACACGCUCGUCGUCGCCCUAGAUGCCAACAACACCGCUCACGGGUCGCUGUACAUCGACGACGGCGAGACGUACGAGUUCAGGAACAGCAAAUACAUCUACGCACACAUCGACUACGAACCCAGCGGGAUCACUUACUCUUUCGUGAACUCGGCCAACUACCCCACCCGCUCUUGGGUGGAACGCAUAGUCAUCGCCGGCAUUAAGUCCCCGCCCAAGACCGCCAAGCUCAUACAAGCCGACAAACAGCUCGCACUGCAGAUGACCCUACACAAAGGCAACGAUGUUCUAGUUGUGAGAAAACCGGCCGCCAGUAUGGCGCAGCCUUGGAAGAUUGUGUUCAGUUAUUAGGACAUUUUACAAGUUAAAUGACGUCUGACAUCAUUUUAC